AGAAAUAUAGAAAAUUCUAAAGGGUUCACAAACUUUCAAGCACCACUGUAUCUGAAAGGAAGUGUCCAUUGACAAUGCGCUAGGAUAGCAGCCCCCCCAUGAAACGAGGAAACAAUCUAAGCUUCAGAAUUUCUUUGGAGCAUUGUGGUUAGCAUCAGAUCAACUGCUCUGCUCCCAGUAGAUGAUGAUGACGACGAGCUGGACUGUAAUUGUGCACUGGUUCCUUGUCUAUGGGAAUAAUACAAUGUAAUAUGAUGUGAUUCAGAUGUCCGAUAAUGAAAGUCCUACUUAUUGCUCAUUGCUGGGACAAAGACACACAGGUUGUGUCCUCACCUAGAGAAAGCAAGAGGUGGAGCCAAACAAACCUUUAUAGCUAAACCUAUGUAAUCUGAGGGCAAACAUCGUCGCCGGUCACACAGCAGAAUGAGAGGUAAGACUGAUCUUACACCUGCAUAAAUUGGUAAGGAAUACAGUAUGAAUAAGCUUACUAUAACUAACUGUGAACAAACACAAAAUCCAAAUAAAGCUCUAGAUGUCAGAGGAUUAUCUCUCUAAAUUAUCCACUCGGAUUAUCCCAAGGUCUGACAUUAGCUAUACGCUUGUAGUCAGUUUGUGGAUUUAGGUGGAUCCUAUUUCUCUAAAACCACUUGUUUUAUGAUAUGUUCUUUACUCAUCCAGGCCUUGUGUUCUUGUGCCUGAUUGGAUGUUCUCUUGCAAACGAACCUGUAUACUCUUGGAAUGGUCCUGGAGAGCCGAGUCAGCCUUAUCCCAGCACUGACAACAUUUGUCUUACUGACGCGAACGCCUGUAGCUGUUGCCUGAUGCAAAAGCAGAUGAUGGCAAUGGAGAGUUACUUCAACCUGAGCCUGAAUGAGAUGCACAGGCAACUGGAGAAAGCUCAAACUGCUCUGAACUAUGUACGCUCCAGCCGUAGUGCCUUUUCAGUGGCACUGACUGACACUCGUCGAUGCCUAACAUCCAGCCGAGAUGACACAGUAGUCAAGUACCAGACUAUAUUCAUUAACUUGGGUGACCGCUACAAUGCUAGUACUGGCACUUUUACAGUCGCACGCUCAGGAGUCUAUGUGCUGGCUCUUACAGUGUACAGUGAUGCAGGUGCCCCUGGUGCCCUCCUAGCUGCCUGUGUUCGUUUGCGUAAAAAUGGUCAAGUGAUUGCAGCACUUCGUGAAUACAACAUGCAGGACCAGGAGGACAGUGCUACCACCGUCCUGGCAAUACAGAUGCGAACUGGGGACAAGGUGGAUGUGAUUCUCCCAUCUGGCUGCUACCUGUGUGAUGACGACAGCCAUUUCAACACAUUCAGUGGCUUUUUGCUUUAUGCUACUGAUUAAAAAAAAAAAUUAAUUCUCUGAUCCCAUGUCUGUGUUUAGACUUUUGCAGUGAUCCUUGUGAGCUUUCAAAAUCAAGGCCAUGUACCGUAUGCUUUGGCUCCUGAUCAGAUUAGAUUGUUUGUUGUUUCCAGUUCAUAACUGAGAUCCAGGUUCAACAUGGUUGCCCCAGGCUUACUGUAUACUGUUUAUUUAAAAAAAAAAAAGUUAUUCCUCCUCCUUCUUCUUUUAAAUGUUUAACUCUUUCGUAAAUAUCUAUAUAACCAAUGUAUAACAAAGAACUGUUUUAUUCAAGUGAAUUUAAAAUAAAGAGGAAUGAAGAACA